AUGCAGCCAAAGCUUUCAUCUGCCAUUGCCGGCCUUCUGCCUGCCAUGCUGGCGGUAGCGGCUCCAGCUCCCCAGAUCCAAUCCAUUGGAGAGAAUACCGGACCUGUUGCGGGCGUCACUCCUCCCAUCCCUACUGUUACUGCUGCCUCUGGCAGUCUAUAUGGUAGCACCGGGCUUCAGGGGGGCGUUGCUCCCAUUCCCGACACUAGCGAUGGAAGUGCCGUGAUUAAGAACAUCAAGGAAGUCCCGGGACAAGACGCAGAUGCCAGCCUCGGCGUGUAUCUCGAUUUUGAGAGUGUCGAUGAGCCGCAACCCAUUCGCGGUGCAUUCGGUGGCAGUGACGCCGGCCCUCGUACCUUUGAGUAUGAGAAGUUGAACCCCGAUCUGUUUGCGGCUCCCGGAACCGACUCGGGCGCUGUUCCCAAUGCCGUCUGGCCUCUUGGCCUCUCCCACAACCGCCCUGGCGCUUCUGGUAGGGCUGGUUGGGCCCGUCAGCAAAACACCGCCGUGCUCCCUGCUGCUACGGCUAUGGCUGGUGUCGAUAUGAAGCUUGAGCCUCACGCUUACCGCGAGCUUCACUGGCACACUGCCGGCGAAUGGUCCUUGAUCUUGAAGGGAUGCGUCCGUGUUGCGGCCGUCAAUGACAAUUCUCAGACCUUUACUGACGACCUCUGCGAGGGUGACGUUUGGUUCUUCCCUGCUGGUGUUCCUCACUCCAUCCAGGCUUUCGAGAACGGUGCCGAGUUCUUGCUUGUCUUUGACCAGGGUGAUUUUGACGAGAACGGAACUUUCCUCAUCAGCGAGAUGUUUGCCCGAACUCCUCGCUCUGUCCUGUCCAAGAACUUCCGCGCCCCUGUCGAUGCCUUCAAGAACCUGCCCAACAACCAGCUCUACAUCUUCAACGGAACCCCUCAGCCCAAGGACAUUAGCAAGCAGAACAUCACUGGCCCCAACGGCUCCUUGUCCGGCCCCAGCGGCUACACCUAUCACUGGUCUCAGCAGAAGGCAUUCGAAACCCCCGGAGGUUCCGUCAAGAUUCUGGACCCCACCACUUUCCCCAUCGCUUCCACAUUCUCUGCUGCUCUGGUCACCGUUCAGCCUGGUGCCAUGCGAGAGCUUCACUGGCACACCUCUUCCGACGAGUGGGACUACUUCCUGCAGGGUUCUGGCCGUGCAACUCUCUACAAGGCCCCUAGCUCUGCCAACACUUUCGACUUCACUGCUGGCGAUGUUGGCUAUAUUCCCCAGGCUGAUGCUCACUACAUCGAGAACACUGGUACCGAGGAUCUCAUCUUCCUUGAGGUCUUGCAGGCUAGCCACUUCUCCGAUAUCUCUGUUGCUCAGUGGCUUGCCCUGACUCCCGAGCAGACCGUUAUCGACCACUUGAACAUCUCUUCUGAGGUGCUUGAGGCCAUCCCCAAGGAGAAGACCAUCCUCAAGACUGGCAACACCAACCUCACCGAGAUUGUCGACACGGGCAAGGCUUACUAA